UUUUUUUAUAUAUAUAUUUUUUUUUAUCGUGUCCUAAUUUAAAAGUCCUUUCAUGUUUCGCUAGUAAGGAAUCACAACGAAUGACAUAACGUUAGCUAUACGGAUGCUUGUGGUUUGCGUCCUUGUUUUGAUAUGCAUUUCACUGCGUCAAUUAGCCGACUUAACUCUGUGACUGGUAUGGACCGACGUCACAUUUGUUUUAAUUUAAAAAAUAAUGAUUUGAGCACCCAAAGAAUAGCCUGCAAUUACACGGAACAAUGUCUCUGAAAUCUGUAGGUAUUCUUUUUUUUUAAUGAGUUGCAUCGGAGCUCCAGUCCGCCCAUACUAGUCGCUGCUAUACCUCAAUACGUUUCUGUUCCCAUUAAUGAAGUAAACACUGGCACGUGUAGCGUGCUGUCAUAUUUUAAGCAAAUUAGGGAAAUGUAAUGUAGUCUGUGCAUUAGCGUAAAUAGCCUGUUGUCACGAGGAAAGUAUUUGUAAAAAACCUUAAUAUGUUCUUGUCUGCCUCCAGAUGUAGGGCCGGCAGAUAAAACAAUGUGGCCUUUUCGCACUGACUCUUUUGGCCACAUUUUUCCAUUGUAGCUGUUUGCCACAUAGUACUGGUGGAAAGCCAUUCCAGAGACCGCUAAAGAAAUUGCCAGCUAUGCAAAGGUAGCCAAAAGCAUCAUAGACUUGGCUGUGUAUGGCAAAGCCCAGAACCGCUCCUAUGAGAGACUGGCAGACUUCACAGAUACAAUAGGGAACCGUGUCAGUGGCUCUAAGAACCUGGACCUGGCUAUCAAGUACAUGUUCAGUGCCCUGAAACAGGAUGGGCUGGAGAACGUACAUCUAGAACCAGUGAAGAUUCCACACUGGGUCAGGGGAGAGGAGAGCGCCAUGAUGCUACAACCCCGGAACCACACCGUGGCCAUCCUUGGACUGGGCAGCAGUGUGGCUACACCCCAAGGAGGCAUUGAAGCAGAGGUGCUGGUGGUGGAGUCUUUUGAGGAGCUGAAAAAAAGGCAGAAGGAAGCCAUUGGGAAGAUCGUGGUGUAUAACCAGUCCUUUGUCAGCUAUGAGGAGACUGUGUAGGACAGGGAUUUUGGGGCAUCCCAGGCAGCUGAAGUAGGAGCUGUGGCUACUCUCAUCCGGUCCAUCACACCCUUCUCCAUCAACAGUCCUCACACAGGCUGGCAGGACUACCAGGAGGGAGUGCAGAAGAUCCCUACCGCCUGUAUCACAGUGGAAGACGCCAUGAUGAUGGCCAGGAUGGCUAAGCGAGGCCAGAGGAUUGUGGUCCGACUCACCAUGAACGCCCAGACCUUCCCUGACGCUGACUCCUUCAACACUGUGGCUGAGAUCAUCGGCAGCGAGCACCCAGAACAGGUGGUGCUGCUCAGUGGUCAUCUGGACAGCUGGAAUGUGGGCCAGGGGGCCAUGGAUGAUGGUGGUGGAGCACUCAUCUCCUGGGAGGCCUUGUCUCUGCUUAAAGACCUGGGUCUGCGUUCCAGAAGAACCCUCCGGACAGUGCUGUGGUCUGCAGAGGAGCAGGGAGGGGUUGGAGCGCAACAGUACUUCCAGCUUCACAAGAUUGAGAGAUAUGUGAAGGACAGUCUGAAUGUGGAGAUGGCUCAGCUGCAGCAGAGUGCUGUCCACAACCACACAGCUGCCAUCUUGGAUCUAGGCACCAACCUCCUGACCCAGACUGCCCAGCACACACGGAAACUGACAGACGUAGAGAUCCAGGUGUUGAAUCAGACCUCCAGACUGGAGAUUCAGCUCCUGGAGAACUCUCUGUCCACCAACAAACUGGAGACCCAGCUCCUCCACCAAUCUACAGAGAUCAGCAAGCUGCAUGACAAGAACAGGCUCUUAGACCAGAAGAUGCAGGAGCUGGAGUCUGUGCACCAUGAGGAGCUGGUCACCUUCCAGGAGGAGAGGUCCAGCCUGCAGCAGCUGGUAGCCAGGCAGAGCAGUGUGAUCACAGAGCUGCAGACCCAUCUGGACCAGGCCACUGGCAACAACAGUAUCCUGCUUAGCCAACAACAGCAGCUCACUGACACCGUCAACAGUCUGCUGAAACUCUGCUCUAAGGACAGAGGGUCUGGAGUGGUCCCAAACAUCAACCUUGCCUUUAAGCAGAGAGAUUCAUCUCACGAGGAGAGAAAGUAUCGGGACUGCUCUGAAAUCUUUCACGCUGGCUUCAACAACAGUGGAGUAUAUACUAUUCACAUCAACACACAGGAGACCAAAAAGGUUUACUGUAACAUGGAGGCAGCAGGGGGAGGAUGGUCCGUCAUUCAGAGGAGAAAAGAUGGAACCAUGGACUUCCAGAGGACGUGGAAGGAGUACAAGAUGGGCUUUGGGAGUCUGUUUGGAGAACACUGGCUGGGGAAUGAGUUUGUGUUCCUGCUGACCAGUCAGAGGCCCUACAACCUGAGGGUGGAAGUGACCGACUGGGACGGACAGCAGGCCUUCUCCCACUACGACCGCUUCUAUAUCGGCAGCGAGAAGCAGAAUUACAGGCUGUUCCUGAAGAGUCACCGUGGAACGGCAGGCAGACAGAGCAGCCUGGUCAUCAACGGAGCAGACUUCAGUACCAAGGAUAUGGACAACGACAACUGCAUCUGCAAAUGUGCUCUCAUGCUCACCGGGGGUUGGUGGUUCGAUGCCUGUGGACCAUCGAACCUGAACGGGAUGUACUACAGUCAUGGUCAGAACAUGGGUAAACUGAAUGGGAUUAGGUGGCACUACUUCAAAGGGUCUAGUUACUCUCUCCGUGCUACCACCAUGAUGAUACGACCAGCAGACUUCUGAGAUGACCUUUUGGUGACUGUCGUUGUGUACGUUGUCCAUAGAUAUAUUUGCAUCAUUAGCCAUGUUUCCAUCCAACUGUUUUUAUGCGAUAAAGUACUGUCCUGAUGCAUAAAAGAAAGUCACAACAGGUGUGACGGAAACACAAAGAACAAGGUGGGAUAAUUGUUUGUACUUUGACUUAAAAAUUAGCAACAUCAUUUUGCUUUCUAUGAGGAACUUGGAUUCUGACUUUCUGGUGCUUACAUGUCCUCUUGAAAGACAUUGAUAGUUUGAGACAGUAUGCUUGAGCACCAGCUCUGCAAUGAAUCAAACUGUAGAAGUAGGUUACAUGAAGAGGAUAUGAACGUAAGACUUGGUGCUUUUGAAAGACUUUAAUUUGGCUCGCUCUCAUUUGUCUCCCUUUCAUUUGUGUCUCUUUUCAUUUGUCUCUUUUCAUUUGUCUCUUUUCAUUUGUCUCUUUUCAUUUUGUCUCUUUCAUUUUGUCUCUUUUCAUUUGUCUCUUUUCAUUUGUCUCUUUCAUGUAUCUGUUGUGUAUUGUUCUUCUAUGGGUAAGGUAUUCCUGUUAACACGUUGUGAAUCAGUGUACUGCUCUCUUAGUCUGCACAGUGGGCAGAGAAGCCUGAUGGCCUAGACUGGAUACACUUCAGAACACUGUUAUGGAUAUUAUUUGCCUAUAUAGUGGAUUGCUGGUGUGUGUGUGUGUGUGUGUGUGUGUGUGUGGAGUGUACUGUGUUUUAAAUCAUUAUGUUUAAGGCAAGGUGUCUAAGUGUCUCUCACCACACUGUAAUAUUUAAUGGAAUAGAGAUAAAUAAUUGAUGUCUUCACUUUCAUGUAAGUUUUCAGUAUUAAUUAAAAGCAUUGUUGCUCUUAUACCCUUCCUAGAUUUGUACUAAUUUGCAACAUCUAUUGAGGCCUUUGUUGAACUUUGUAACAAUGACAAAAGUUUUGAAUUAAAAAUGAAUUAAAAAUAUUCCCCCUAAAA